AUGGCCGGCACAAAACGCCCUCGUUCGCUUUCGCCUUCUCUUUCUCAUAUCUAUUCCCACAAGAGGUCAAAUCCCGUGAAGGAUGGACGUGUAGAUCCUGUGUAUGGUCAACGAAGUGCACUUCCUGCUGAUGAUGAUUCUCUCAGCUUGGAUGAGGAGGGAAUGGAUGCCCUGAGUUAUUUGAGAUCUGUCAGAGCAGAAGCAGAAAACCUUCAACCUAUAUUCUACGCCCCCGCAGAGACAGCAAGCCUGAACGCUAAUGGCGAGUACGAUCGAUCGAUUUAUGAAAGCGGCGUGGGAGAUUUCAGGGGAUACUAUGAAGAUGGUGCUUAUUAUUCUGCGGCUGAAGUUAAAGUUGACAGGAAAGAGGAAGAGGAAGAUGUAGGCCAAGAUCCCCAAUUGGCAUACUUCGACUCCAUCUUGACACGAUUCGCGGCCCUGCGAGAAAAAAUGCAAAAAACCCCUCCAGCCGACCUGGUAAAGGAUUUAGACCCAGAUCAUCCCAUCUAUCUUAACAAAUUGGAUACAAAAAUCUGCAGAUGGUGGAGAUGGAAAAUGAAGACAGUUGAUCCUCUACCGACACAGAUCGCAAGUAUGAAUAAAGACACGGUCUUGAAGUUGAUAAGACUCUUGAUGGGAGGUACCCUGCUACAAAGUGGCUCCGAUAUCAAUGCGAAGGUUAGUAGGUGGGCUUGGGCAUUGUUGGCUAGAUUGCCGGUAAGAGGGGAGCUGAGUAGUGAUGAGAUUGGGGUUAUAAGAGAACUAGGAAAGAAAGCUGUGAUGCUUAGUGUUGGAUUAAAGGCGAGUAGUGGGCUGAAAGAGGGGUUAGACGAGGUGGAGAAGGUAUUUGAGGUCGAUAAUGGGGUUGGACUUGUGGAUGGUGAAAAGGCUCCCAGUUCAGGGGAUGAGAACUUAGUAGAGAGAAGUGUUGAGCACCAGGUAAAGCGGACGGACAAGGAUGCCACGCAUGCAUUGGACGGAACGGAAAACGCCAUGCAAUCGAUUACAACAGAAAACUCGACGCCAACAGAAAACUCGACGUCAACAGAAGAACAAGAACCUUGGGGGGCGACGCUGGAUUCGCAUGAAUUAGAGGCAAUCAAAGCCCGAUUACUCGCCAAUAUCACUUCAAACCCCUCAGGUGAGGCAAUAGCAGCGGAAGUUUCUCAGCCGCCUAAAGCAGAAGAACCUAACCCCUCCACAACCGAAUUGCCAAUGUACACACCAGCACACACGGUUAACUGGAAUACUAGAGCGACGAUCGAUAUGAUCAUCACGAUUGCAGGUGAUAUUUACGGACAGAGGGAUCUGUUAGAGUUCAGAGAAGUAUGGGGUGAGUAA